CCGAUCAAUCCCAACGAAGAAGCAAGCUGUCGCCGUCACAGCAGAGCCAGCAGAGCCAGCAGAUCCACAGCUUCCGAUGCAGGGCAGCAAUUCCGGCGGUGCUACUGGUCGAUUCCCCGAGCAAUCUGCCAACGGCGAUCUGGCGGCCCAAGUCCCCGACCUCGGCAAACUCACAGAAACAAGUGGCCUCAGCAAUAAACAGCUCGCCCAAGGGCCGGACAAGGUCACAGAUCCCAGCACGGACGAGGUCCAAGGCACUCCAACGACACCAUCAUCCAUAUUCACCGUCAGUGGGGAGCAGGCUGUCUCGCGCCUGGUCCUGUACUGCAACGACCUCAGCAAGAGCAGCGACGCUUCUAUCAAGCCCAACUACACUACCAAGACUAAUGCCGAUGGCCGGUUCACCUCCACACUCGAGAUCCCGUUUGGGUGCCCGACAACACUGAAGCAAUUUGCUGGCACGCCCCAGACGACCAAAAACGACGCCAUUCAUCAGGUCGCUCGGAUGGCUCUAACAGAACUACGGACCGAGCGCAUUCUCGAUUCCAAGCUCAGACUGCUCAGCAAGCCCGAUCUAGAGGACCACCACUUGGCCUGGAUACCGCCGAGCCUGGACCCGGGCAGUUCGUGGACAACGCACUCGGAGCUCUGGGUCUCGGCGGUCGAGUUCCUUUCCGGAUCGUCGUGGCAGCGCGAGAUUCUGGGGCUGGCCACCUGCGGCCCACUGUCACCUGCACAUCAGCCGAUCGAGCUUCAUCUCACCAUCCGAAAGGCCUCGCGGAUCGUCCGGAUCGUCUCGGCCCCACAGCCGAUCAAGCUCAGUCCCGAGCAACUCCAAUCGUUGCUUACGUUUCACCUGGGGGUCGUUCAGAACACCGUGCGAGAGACAUUCAGCGACGAAGCUCUUGAAGAGCUUGGCCAGCCGAUCUUCCUGAUAGUUCCGAUCUGCUCACUCGCCAUCAAGCCGGGCGACCCCGGUGAGAUUGACUGGAAUGAACUGCAGCGGCUUGACAGCUUUGACAAAGCACCAAGAUCGAUAAUGGAUCACCUGCACCUACCCAGCGAAGAACUGACCCAGAUGGUCGUGGUUGACAACUACUACCACUCUAUUCGGCGGUACAAAAUCGAGUCCGUCGACAGGAGCCAGAACCCCGACUCUGUCGUCAAGGUUCAGGACUACGGCAAGCACGAAACGCCUUUCGCCUUUUAUACGUAUCGGCUGAGGUGCAAGGGGACCAUCGAUGCCACGCAGCCACUCCUUCACGUCAGGGAAGUGCCGUCGAUUGAUCUGCUUGAAUCAAACAAAGACCCGCCCGAGGAGACCGUGUGCCUACCGCAGUUCUGUGAGGUUGUUUCGGUCCACGCCAAGCACCUACUGGCAAUGACCCCCUUCCCCAUUCUGAUGACGGAGCUGUAUCACUGGAUCCGAGUCCGACAGCUGCUAGAGGCCCUUGCGCUUCACCCGGACUCGGAAGGUCGAGUUCGCUCGGCCUUGGUAGGGCCCGGCUACUCGUCAGAGUUCAACUACGAGCGCCUUGAGACCCUGGGCGACAGCUUCCUGAAGAUCUAUCUCGGUACCCACUUUUUUUCAAGCUGCCCUGAGGAUAGAGAAGGCAACCUGACGCUGGACCGCAUGCAUGCCGAGAACAACUCGAAGCUGGCCGAAAUCGGGAGGGCAAUGAAAAUCACGCAGUACUUUCUCGGACAGCAGCUUUCGCGCAAGCUGUGGAGCCCCCCGUCGAAUAGCUCGUACAUCAAGUUGACAGAAGAUAUGACUGCUGACGUGGUCGAGGCUCUGAUUGGAUCGCAGUGCGCCUACGACCUUGACGCAGCUGCAGCCCUGGCGGUGCGUCUGUACGGGUCCAUCGGCAGCGCCAAGUACCUGCCAUCGUUACGUGCUUACAGCGAUCUAUGGAGAUCGCAGAGCCAGCAGUCUGAUCAAGAGUCUGGAACCAUCACGCCCGACCAGCAACGCAAAAUCAGUCGUCUGGAGCAGCUUGUGCGGUAUCGUUUCAAGCACCCAUCACUUCCGCUGGAGGCACUGACGCACGGCAGCGCACGAUCGGUGCCCGGUGGGGCCUACUCGGGCAACUCAUAUCAACGGCUCGAGUUUCUCGGCGACGCUGUCCUCAACUUUGUUGUGACCCGAUAUGCGUAUUCGCUGGAUCCGGCCCUGGCACCUGGUCAGAUAACGGAUCUGCGGUCGGAACUCGUGGGGAACUCCCUGCUGGCCUGUGUCUCGGUAUCGCUGGGCAUUCACACGAUGCUUGAUCAUGUUGGACUGGAGAAGACGAUCGAUCCCUUUGAACAGUAUGUGCGGCAACAGCAGCGAGAAGGACCCACGAACCACGGAUUCUGGAACUUUUUCCGUGGAAAUCCUCCCAAGGUCCUGGGCGACGUGUACGAAUCGUUGCUGGGGGCAAUCUAUGUCGAUUCUGGGUUCGACACUGAUGCGAUCUGGGGCGUGGUCAAGCGCACGCUGAUUGCGCCGUGGUGGGAUUCGGCUACACGCUAUCUCCAAGACACCCGAACGAGGGCCAAGAAGAAGCAGCUGGACAAGAAGAAGCGGGCCAAGAGGAGAGAGAAGCAGGCCGCUGCGGGAGUAGAGCUGCCCGAGCAAGCCGAGCCCCAGGUCGUCCCGGUGGGUGUCGUGCAUCCCACUCAGCAGCUCUACUGGAUGCUGAAUGACACUCUGACGUGCAAGCAGCCAAUCGAUUUCCGGAUCACGGUUCAUUCCAGUAGCCAAAUAUCGUGCGCUGUCGUCGUCCACCAAGUGGAGCUGGGCCAGGCCACGGCAGCGACCCGACGGCAGGCCAAGAAGGACGCCUCGGUGCGGAGCUUGGACUGGAUCUGCGACCACUUUGACAAGUUCACGAAAAUAUGCGGCUGUGCGAGCCCGACAAGCGAUGCAGACGGAGCAUGCUGGACAAAGGACGACGAAGCCACGGGCAGCACCCCGGCCGAUCUGGCGGCCGAAGGUUGGGUGCUCGGCGACCCAGCAGGGUUGGUCGAAUGAGCAGCUGGAGAUCAGCAAAUGUAUCCGGCCUCUGCCCUGUUGGACUCGAAGCGAGCCCAGCAUUCCCCCCCCCACAGGCGCACCCCUCGUGGUGCCAGUGCGUGCUGGUGCGGAUGUGGAGCGAGCAUGCGUUUGGGUGCCGCCGGG